UUUCAGAAAUGAAUUUGAGUGAUCCUAGGAGCAAUGAUACAAUAAAAAUGACUGAGAUGACAAUGACAGAGGAAAUGAUGAGAGAAUGGAUACAAAGUCAAAUGGGAGGAGGUUCUGGUACAGCUAAAAAAGGAGUUGUUCCUGCGACAGAAGAAAUGGAAUGGUCGACAGUUGGUGGCCGAUUUGGAAUGGCUUACAUCGCAUUUGGAAUUCUUGCAAUUCUUGUGAAUAUUGUCAUUUUUGCAUGCAUCAUAAUUCGUCGACGAACCACAUCAUCACAUGUCUUCUAUAUUAUUAUCCUCAAUUUUACAAUAAUUGAUACUAUUAAAGGAAUCUGCUCCGUGCUAUUUGCUCUCAAGCUUCUGACAUUUAACAUGGCAACAGAUGGAUCCAUGUGGACUGUACGAGUAGAUCAAUAUAGUGGAGUACUGUUAAGAUUCACGAAUUUGACAACAAUUAUGAAUGUGUUGCUGAUUACGAUGAAUGAAUUUAUUUUCAUAUGUCAUCCAUUAAGAUAUUCGUCUAUUGUUACAAGAUGCCGCGUACUCUGGGCAAUUGUAUUGAGCUGGCUGCUAGCAUUCGUCCUCACAGUACUCAAUAUGUUGACGAGCACCCGACAGAGAAGUGUUAUGAUUGACACAGAAUGUGAAAAUGAAAUGAUGAGUGGAGCCUCGUUUUGCAUAAAACAUCAGGAGACGUCUUUGUCACAUUAUUUCGUGUUUCAUAUGAUUCUCAUUGCAUUUUGUCUUAUAUGUCUUGCAAUCACCGCCAGCUGCUACUUUAUUCUCUUUAGAAUAAUCACAAAACUUGUACGAGCCGAUGUCAAAUACCAAGCUGAAACUGAUCUUCUGAAAGAAGAUCAUUCACACGGAAAAUCGAUUGCUCGUCGAAAGAAGUACGUGCUAAUGAUUGGAAGUGUCAUUUUGGUAUAUUCAGUAUAUCUAACCACUUAUGCAGUUAUUCAAGGAAUGCAUCUUGUUAAUAUCACUAGCAGAAGCAAAGGAAUUCCAGUUCAUGCCAGAAGUGGAUACAUUUUCACAAAAUACACGUGUUAUUUGUUCAUCUCAUUUCAUUCACUUCUUCAGCCACUUUGUUUCAUGAGAAUGCGGGAAUUUAGAAAUAUUCUGAAAAGAACUAUUUUCCCCUGCCUAACAAAAACCGAUCCGAUCUUGACAACGGAUGUAUUCAAGCGUCACAGUCAACCGACUGAUAUUUAAUAACUUAUUUCUUCCAUCUCCAUUAAUGUUUUGUAUCAAAUUUUUCUGGUCGCUCCCAAGAAUCUCAUCGCUAUUUUUCUAUGAAACUUGAUUUUCAAAAUUUAAAAAAAGUUUUAUUAAAAAAAAAAACAUCUUACUAGAAAAGAAACAAAGAACGUAUAUAAAGUGUCGAACGAUUGCGAAA